CAGAGCUUCCCUUUGAUUUUUCAUCACUUUUUCACAACUCUCUUACCUUGCGUACUAAGAAAGAGAUUCACGAUGAAGACACUUGCAUUAUGGCUGCUUUUGGGUCUUUUAGUGUGCGUCAGUACGGAAAAUGAGGUAGAAGACGCAAUGGGCUUGGAAGAAAAAGCCUUUGACGAUGAUGAGGUCAUGGGAUACGACGACGACGACGACGACGACGACGAUGAUAACGAUGGUGACGAAGAUGACGAUGACGAUAAUGGUUCUGGUGGUCCUUCACCUCCUAGUGGAAAGAAAUGUAUCCAUGAGUACAUCAAAUGCAUGAAGGCUGCUAUUGCUAAUGGGAAUMUUCAGAACAUAAGGAAGUGCUUCGCUGAACUUCGAAGAUGCAAAAAAGGGUCCGGAGGAAAACCAUCUGUGAAGAAAUGCAUUCGAGAGUAUACCAAGUGUAUGAGUGCUGCUGAUGGGACUUUGGAGAAAAAGAGAUGCUUUAGUGACCUUCGACGAUGCAAAAAGCGUGGGAAUCAAGCUGUAAUGUCAAGUGACGAAGAAGUGACAGAACUACAGAAAUGCCUACAAGAAAAAAAGGAGUGUCUCAGGAAGGCAGGAUAUGACUGGUUCGAGAGAUGGGAGU